GGAAGUCGGUUGUUGUUUGUCUUCCGGUCUUCCUAAACAGCAUGGCGAACUACGAACAUGCUGAAGACGACCCAAAACAUGUGAAAAUGUCUGGCGAAACCCCCGCUGCCCGCGCUGAGGAGCAGCCGGCCGGAGAGUCCUCUGUGCCGGGCAGAGACGCGGGCGCGGUCCCGUGCUCCGUCCCGUCGUUCGCCGCCGCUUCCGAGUUGCUGUCAGCGCCGUACUCGUGUCUGGUCAUGAACACGCACCGGAGACACAUCGCCCUGCCGCCCCUGUACCUGAACAAGAAGAAGACAGGUAUACAAGAGGAACUGGAGGCCGAUCUGCUCAAGUUCUCCGAGAGUCUGAAGGGAGUUCCUUUAGCUUACGACAACAUCAGGAUAGUGGGGCAGCGUGGACACAUUUACGAUGACAGCGGUUACAUCCACAUGGACAUAGAGGCCAACUUUAUUGUAUUUCAGCCCAAAAAAGGACAGAAACUGCUGGGUAAGGUGAAUAAAUUAGGUGUAAGCCACGUGGGCUGCCUGGUGCAUGGCUGCUUCAACGCCAGCAUUCCCAAACCCAACCUUGUCUCCAUGGAGACCUGGAGGGACGCAGGGCCGAGGAUCGGAGCUGAGCUGGAGUUUGAGGUGACUGCGCUCGAUGCCGACACUGCAGGGGUCCUGCUGAUCAGAGGAAGGCUGGACAGAACCAGGGUCCAGGAGCUGCUGGCUAUGGGUGAGAGCUCAGAGUCGAGCAUCCCUGCAGACGAGCAAGAGCCGCCAGACAUGGAACCGACCCCAGAACCCACCGAGGAGUCUCCUGAUGACACCCCCAAGAAAAAGAAGAAAAAGAAGAAGGACAAAGUCAAAGAGGAAGAGGGAGAAGAGGCGGUAACAGUAGCGUCCUACUCCCAGCCGGAAAGCAACACCACUCUAGAGCUGAACGGAACAACAGACGACGCGAACGGCAAUGAAGCCGGCGAGAAAAAGAAGAAGAAAAAGAAGAAGGAGAAGCGACUGAAAGAAGAAGCUGAAGAGGUGGAGCUCUCUCCCAUGGAGAUCCACGGCAGCGACUCCAGCGGUUACCAUAGCGACAAACCAAACAAGAAAAGGAAACACGAAACUGGUAGUGACAUCACAUCAGGGUUUAGCGAAGAAUCUGAACCACCAAAGUCCAAGAAGAAGAGGAAAAGUGACAUUGAGCAGUUUGCCUGAGAAAAGUAUUAUGUCUGGAAAGCAAGUUGUGUAUAAUAACUGAGGCCAUUUUUAUGACAACCGUGGUUCUGGAGGAAUAUACUGACGUGCCUUAGUGAUUAAACACAGUUUUAGCAAGCAAGAUUUCUGUCCCGUAGUGGGUUCUUCCGUUAAAAUCAUUUAAACAGAGAGUCAAACAUGCAGAUGAGAAGAAAGAAGAAAACUUCACACAUCAGGAUUCAUUGGAUUGCAGUUUCCUUACUUUACCUGAUGGGGGAGCAAAACUGCUUCACUGAAACACACUUGGGACAUAAGACAAGAGUGAAACCUUGUCCACAUUUUCUCCUGUUUGUUAGUGAGGGUCAAAGGCUAGACAAAUGAGAAGGCCAAACUCCAUUUAAGAAACAUAUUCUGUUGCCACCAUCCUCUCCUUGAUAGGAUUUUCUCGAUGAUGGCUGCAAGGAAGGAAGAAUGUUUUUACAGCAAAUGUUCAGUAUUCUACAAAUGCAUCCUGCACAGUGACAGACAGUGCAGUCAGGAAUUAUUUGUCCUGCAUGGAUAGUUUUCACAGGAAGGUGUGUUGUCUUUAUUUGACUGAGAACCAACAGAAAUGGAAAUUAAAUAUAUAUUUUGACAUGUUUA